GCUCGACACCGAAACUUUGAAAUCAGUCUCGUUCAUGUCUGCCUGUUGUUAUUCAGCGUUUCUUUUCAAAAGGAAAACUCAUCUCUCGCACAAUUUUUUGCAACUCUGUCUCUUUCCGAGUCGGCUCAAACCACAAAUCUUAUGUAUUUUGGGUUAAGUCAGCAUCAUUAUUUGCAACGACAUUUCGAAUUACUAAGCGUUUUCUGGUGUUACGUGUCACACGUUCUGAGAUUUUCGCUUUCCGGUUUUAAUAUGAUGUAAUCAUCCAUUGCUGUACUUUUGGAGGAAUGGGACGAAUUCGGAUUGUGUCAAAUCAUUCUUAAAGUGGUCUUGCGUGUGACAACACAUUUACAUAGAAAAGUGCAAAAUUUUGGAAAAAUUGUGCAAAAAUAUUUCGUAGUUAAAAUUGUUGGAGACGAAAGUGCAUAAUCAUGAAUCCUGACCUAAACAAAUCAUCCCUACCAGUUUUGCUACUCCUCGUGUCCUUCGUCCUAAUUUCAGAAGCUACAAUUCCACCAACGGAACCUUUUGAAGUACGGCUGUAUAACAAACUUCAUUUUGAAGGGCGAUACAUCAAAUUAAAGAUAGGGCUGGAACAAGAGCUUUGCAUAAAUCUUCCACCCGUUUGGGAAAAGAAAAUUUCUUCCGUGGAUCCCUUAGGAUGUGUCAUUCUGUACGCAGAGUCGGACUGUAAGGGCCUUCGCAGACGCUUGGAGAGGUGGUCAUGGGGGUCAUCUAGUUUGAAAGACAUCUCCUUUGAAAACAUGAUCGUGAGCGUAGGACCGUGUCCCCUCGUGAAAAAAUUGCUAAUGGAAGAGUUAUGAAGAGUUAUUACGUCAUAGACUUUUUCGAAAGUUCAAGUUUUGUAUAAUAUUCCCACAGAGUUGUACAUAUUCCUCUCUCGUGGAAUUUCUCGCCCACCAUUGCCAAACACAUUGUGAUUUUGUUAUACCUUAUCUAUCAUUGAUUAAUGCGCACACUUUCUUGUUGAACCUGUACAUAUGCUUAAGUGUACAUACAUACAUAUAUCGAAUUAUUGCAUGUUAGUCGUAAAAAUGUGUACCUAUCACGAUCCAAGUGGUACGAAUUUUUAGAUCGUAGCAAGAAUUUUACUCCACGUUUGAAAUUCCAAGCAAUCACAUUGAUUCAGAUGUUUGCAUUUCGUUGAACGAACACGAACAUGUUUUUUUAAACAUUUAAUAAAUCAAUCGGAAGAAAUAUUUUGAGCAAUAAAAAUGUGAUGUCUUGAAUGGCACAAAGAGUAUAAAUGUA